AGCCGGGGUAUUAGUAAAAACCAAGCCUCCCUCUAGGAAUGGCACUCGCCUGAGAGCCUCCCCGCGCUGCACGCACCAACGCCACCGGGACUAGGAGGGAGAACAGGGGGGCUAUUGGGAUACAAAUCACAGCCCUCGCAGGAUCUGCCCGGCACACUGGCCAGCAACUGAGAAGAAGUACACCGAGAAGGAAGAAAGUGAAGGCUCAAGAGCAACGAUGGCUGACGACCAAGACCUUUCGGAGGUGGAGAUGAGCCCGGUAGGCUCUGAAGACCACCACUGCCUCUCCCCAGGACCCUCCAUGGCAUCAGACAACUCUCCACACCUCACCAGUUCUGGGAACGGGGAGAUGGGGAAGGUCAAGAAGGAACAGCAAGACUCAGAGGCGGAUGACGACAAGUUCCCAGUGUGCAUCCGUGAGGCAGUCAGCCAGGUGCUGAGUGGCUAUGACUGGACCCUGGUACCUAUGCCCGUCCGGGUCAAUGGAAGUAACAAGAGCAAACCCCACGUCAAGCGGCCCAUGAACGCCUUCAUGGUCUGGGCACAGGCUGCCCGCAGGAAAUUGGCUGAUCAAUACCCGCACCUCCACAACGCCGAGCUUAGUAAGACCUUGGGGAAGCUCUGGAGGCUGUUGAACGAAAGCGACAAGCGGCCUUUUAUCGAAGAGGCAGAGCGGCUGAGGAUGCAGCACAAGAAGGACCAUCCUGAUUACAAGUACCAGCCCCGCCGGCGGAAAAACGGCAAGGCCACGCAGGGCGAGGGUGAAGGCCAGGUGGAGGGGGAGGCUGGUGGGGCUGCUGCCAUCCAGGCCCACUACAAGAACGCCCACCUGGAUCACAGACAUCCUGGCGAAGGGUCGCCCAUGUCUGAUGGUCAUCCAGAACACUCCUCAGGUCAGAGCCACGGCCCCCCUACCCCACCCACCACCCCUAAGACUGAUCUACAGGCAGGCAAAGCCGACUCCAAACGAGAAGGGCGUUCCCUGGGGGAAGGGGGAAAGCCACACAUUGAUUUUGGUAAUGUGGACAUUGGGGAGAUCAGCCACGAAGUGAUGUCCAACAUGGAGACCUUUGAUGUCAAUGAAUUUGACCAAUAUCUGCCACCCAACGGACACGCCGGCCACCCAGGCCAUGUUGGGGGCUACGCAGCAGCUGCUGGCUAUGGCCUUGGGAGUGCCCUGGCUGCAGCCAGCGGACACUCCGCCUGGAUCUCCAAGCAGCAUGGAGUCUCCUUGUCCACUGCCACCUCAUCAGUGGUGGACUCCAAGGCGCAGGUGAAAACGGAAGGGUCCGCCCCUGGAGGUCAUUACACCGACCAGCCCUCCACCUCCCAGAUAGCUUACACAUCCCUGAGUCUGCCCCACUACGGUUCGGCCUUCCCCUCCAUCUCCAGGCCACAGUUUGACUACCCAGACCACCAGCCCUCAGGACCCUACUACAGCCAUUCCACCCAAGCCUCUGGCCUCUACUCUGCCUUCUCCUACAUGGGACCUUCCCAACGUCCCCUUUAUACUGCCAUCUCUGACACUACACCCUCCGUGCCACAGUCUCAUAGCCCCACACAUUGGGAACAGCCUGUGUAUACGACUCUCUCCAGACCAUAGGGAAUGGGGAACCGUGACCGAAGCAGCGACGGAAAGGCUCCGAAGAAUCAGCACAGGCAGAAGAGCCUCCAAACUCCGAGGUCACUCAGUGCCAUCCAGCCAACAGAACCCACUGAGUAUGCAGAAGUGCCUUUCUUGAUCCUGGCUAUCGCUGGCUCACCCGCCUAGAGGAAGGUUUUUCGUCCUUUCGCCCUUUACCAAUUUCACGCAGGCCACGCAACUGGCUUGCAAGACUUUAUUGGCCUUCUAGAUGAGGAGGAUUCUAGACAUGGAGUGACUGGUCUGUGGUGGGUUUCAUUGUGCACAUCCUGGACUGUAUGAUGAGACUGUCCUUUCCUUCCCCUCACCGAACUGCUCCAGAAAGUUAGCAAGUGUUUUGAACGGGCCACAAUGGACAACACUUUGUCACCUGCUGUGGGUAGAGGGUGGUCAUUCAGCCUAGGUGAAUGUGUUAUGGGAGGAGUAGUAGGGAGGACGGCACAGCCGGCUUCCUUGUGAUCAGCGUCGUGCAGCAGUCCUGCCUGAUUCACACAUGCACGAGUCUUGAACCCCAUUGGAAGACCAACCUAUGUCUGCUCCCCUGCUGAUUUC